CACUGAUGAUGGUACAAGACCCGAACAGGUCCAAAAUCUCUGAUAUGCUCUGAAGUACUUGCAUGCUUUACCUGGCCUUGGGUAUCCUUACACGACCAGACAGCAAUGAAAAUAUUUCAUGUUUUGUCUCGUAUGGCCUCUCUGUCUUGUUUUACAUUUUCAAUGUCUCUUUACUCUCAUUUACGAUGAUCGUAAUUACUGCAUCCAUUAUCAUUGCUAGCCCUCUGACUUUGCAUCUUUUUCGUUGGCAUGUCUUUCGUUACACAUUUUUCUAGUCCUCUGAGUUCCUUAUACAUUCCCUCGAUCUCUAACACGCCAUUCAGUCACGUUCCUAAUACACAGAGGUUCUUGUCACGCUCUC